UCGCUUCUCUUUCUCUUUCUUUCAUUCAAACUCAACAUAACCUACCCACCUCCCCCCCCUCUCCACUCUCUCUCCCCUUUCCCUUUGCCUUUUGGCUCAGGUGCGACAAUGGUUGGAAGUACACUGGCAAUCCGGUCCAAGAUGGCUUCCCCAGCCACUAUGCAGCUGUCGUCGCUGUCGCGCAGGUCGCUUUCGACGCGACCCCAGCUUCUCCGGUCCGCACGUCCCUUGAGAUUCUCCCAGUUCCAGCGCUCCACCCGUCGCGCCUACGCUGAUGCUGCUCCUCAACCGGCAUUGCCCGCCCCCAAGCCCAAGAAGCGCUUCGGGUUCUUGCGCUGGACCUGGCGCCUGACCUGGAUGAGCACCGUGGGUAUGGCCGGCUACUUGGCUUACAGCGUUUACGACUCGUGCCACCCUGUCGACCAGAUCGAACCCGAUCCGUCCAAAAAGACUUUGGUUAUCCUGGGUUCCGGAUGGGGUUCUGUCUCCUUGCUGAAGAAGCUCGACACCGAGAACUACAAUGUCGUCGUGAUCUCGCCCCGGAACUACUUCCUUUUCACUCCUCUCCUCCCCUCCUGCACAACUGGACAGGUUGAGCACCGCUCUAUCAUGGAGCCUAUCCGCAACAUCCUCCGUCAGAAGAAGGCCCAUGUGAAGUUCUACGAAGCCGAGGCCACCAAGAUCGACUACGAGAAGCGUGUCGUUUACAUCAGCGACGAUUCCGAGAUCAAGGGUGAGAUCUCUCACACUGAGGUGCCCUUCGACAUGCUUGUCGUUGGUGUUGGUGCUGAGAACGCCACUUUUGGCAUCAAGGGUGUGAAGGAGCACUCCUGCUUUUUGAAGGAAGUCGACGAUGCUCAGAAGAUCCGCAAGCGCAUCAUGGACUGCGUGGAAACUGCCAUGUUCAAGGAUCAGACCCCCGAUGAGGUCAAGCGCCUGUUGCACAUGGUUGUCGUCGGUGGUGGCCCCACGGGUGUUGAGUUCGCCGGUGAAAUACAGGACUUCUUCGAGGAGGAUCUCAAGAAGUGGGUUCCUGAGAUCCAGGAGAACUUCCGCGUCACUCUGGUCGAGGCUCUUCCCAACGUUCUUCCCAUGUUCUCCAAGCAGCUGAUCGACUACACCGAGUCGACCUUCAAGGAGGAGAAGAUCACCAUCCGCGCCAAGACCAUGGUCAAGAACGUCACCGACAAGUUCAUCGAGGCCGAAGUCUCCAACCCCGACGGCACCAAGAGCCUGGAAAAGAUCCCCUACGGUCUCCUUGUCUGGGCCACCGGUAACGCGGUUCGCCCCGUCGUUCGCGACUUGAUGAGCCAGCUUCCCGCCCAGAAGGACUCCCGCCGCGGUUUGGCUGUGAACGAGUACCUCGUCGUGAACGGUGCUGAGAACGUUUGGGCUGUCGGUGACUGCGCCAUCACUAACUAUGCUCCCACCGCUCAGGUUGCCAGCCAGGAGGGUGCUUUCCUUGCCCGUCUGUUCAACACUAUGGCCAAAACUGAGAAUGUCGAGUCUGAACUAAAGCAGCUUUCGGAGGCUCAGGCCCAGGCCAAGAACGAUGAGGAGCGCAACCAGAUCUUCGAUGAGAUCCGGGAGCGUCAGAAGCAGUUGCGGAGAACCAAGCAGAUCGGUCCCUUCCAGUACUCCCACCAGGGCAGUCUGGCCUACAUUGGAAAGGAACGUGCUGUUGCCGACAUCAGCUGGCUGAGCGGCAACAUUGCCAGUGGUGGUACCAUGACUUACCUCUUCUGGCGCAGUGCUUAUCUGAGCAUGUGCUUCAGCACUCGUAACCGUGUCCUGGUCGCUGUCGACUGGAUCAAGGCCAAGACCUUCGGCCGCGAUGUUUCUCGGGAGUAAAUUCGUCGUCUUUAGCUCUUGAGAACUACAGUGUAUCACCAUCAGCAGACAUGCUACGCCUAUGAACAUUUUGCAGCGAGGAACUUGCUCUUUUUAAUUCCGCCAUCCGUUUACCCUUCGCAGACAUCCUUCCACUCGACGCCUUUUACAUGACU